AUAGGCGUAUAUUCGAUAAUUAGCGUUAGUAUUAAUUUCUAAAUAAUAUUCCAAAGACACACACCAGAGAGAAAGAGAGACAGAGACCCCUUUUCCUUUUACCGCCCAAUUCUACUUUUGUUUUGAUUUCUAGUUGAGAUGAAGACGACCACCAACCACCACUCCACACACCCACAUCCCCACACACCCACAAUAAUAUAAUUUCAUUAAUCUUCCUUUUUGGCUACCUGUUAUUUGCUACAGCUUUCCCUUACCCAAAACCAGAACUUUCUCUCUCUUUCCCAUUAUUUCACCUUUUUUUUUUUUCCCCCUUCCAAUCCAAUAACUGUUUUUUCUCUCUUUGAUUAAAUAAAAAGUCUUCAUAGAGAUAGAGAGAGAGAGUUUAGAGCUAUGGAGGGGAUGAAAUUGAGUAGUAGUAGUGGCAGCAAUAUUGGUAGUCCAAAUUAUUACCAUCUUCAAAACAUGAGGAAGAAGACUAGUAGUACUAGUACUACUAGUAGUGGGCAGUCUGAAAGGACUGGUUCCAAAAUUAAUCAUGAAGAAAAUAUGUUCAGUAGCAGCAAUGAAACAUCUUCACCCCUCAGUUCAAGCAACAUAUCAAAGAUUAUUCUUCCUCCUUUGGGUGUUUCAAGCUAUAUUCAAACUCCUAUUCAUUCUAAAGGAUGGAUCAUCUCCCCCAUGGAUUCUAGAUACAGGUGUUGGGAGACAUUCAUGAUUGUUUUGGUGGCAUACUCUGCCUGGAUUUAUCCGUUUGAGGUUGCUUUUCUGGAUUCAUCUCCAAAGAAGGAGGUGUAUAUAGCAGACAACAUCGUGGAUCUCUUUUUCGGAAUCGACAUUGUCUUGACGUUUUUCGUAGCUUACAUUGAUAGAACCACCCAAUCACUUGUUCGUGACUCCAAAAAGAUUGCCAUCAGGUACAUGUCAACAUGGUUUCUGAUGGAUGUGGCAUCAACCAUUCCCUUUGAGGCAUUAGCCUAUUUAUUCACUGGCAAAAUCAAAGUGAGUCUCUCUUACUCCCUCUUGGGAUUGCUUCGCUUUUGGAGACUUAGACGAGUCAAGCAACUCUUUACCAGGCUUGAGAAGGACAUCAGGCUCAGCUACUUUUGGGUCAGAUGCGCAAGGCUUUUAUUUGUGACAGUGUUUUUGGUACACUGUGCUGGGUGCCUAUAUUAUCUGCUAGCUGACCUAUAUCCACACGAAGGAAAGACAUGGAUUGGAACUGUGAAUCCAAACUUCAGAGAGACUAGCCUUUGGAUUAGAUACAUCUCAGCCUUAUAUUGGUCAGUCACCACCAUGACAACAGUUGGUUAUGGUGACCUCCAUGCAGUCAACACCGUGGAGAUGGUCUUCAUCAUUUUCUACAUGCUCUUUAACCUUGGCUUAACUGCCUACUUGAUAGGCAACAUGACAAACUUAGUAGUAGAAGGGACUCGCCGUACCAUGGAAUUUAGAAACAGCGUUGAAGCAGCAUCAAAUUUUGUGGGACGAAACAGAUUGCCUGCAAGGUUAAAAGAGCAGAUUCUAGCUUAUAUGUGCUUGAGAUUUAAGGCUGAGAGUUUAAACCAGCAUCAACUUAUGGAACAGCUACCGAAAUCGAUUUGCAAAAGCAUCUGUCAGCAUUUGUUUUUGCCUACAGUGGAGAAAGUUUAUCUUUUUAAAGGUGUCUCAAGAGAAAUACGUCUGCUAUUGGUUGCCAACAUGAAGGCGGAGUACAUACCACCCAGAGAAGAUGUCAUCAUGCAAAAUGAAGCACCAGACGAUGUAUACAUCAUUGUUUCUGGAGAAGUUGAAAUAAUUGAUUGUGAGACUGAGAAAGAGAUUGUUGUUGGGAGUCUGCAAUCGUUGGACAUGUUUGGAGAAGUUGGUGCACUUUGUUAUAGGCCUCAAAGCCACACUUUUCGAACCAAGACACUUUCGCAACUUCUGAGAAUCAAAACCACUGCUCUAAUUGAAGCAAUGCAGACCAAAAGGGAAGAAAACAUACAAAUUCUCAAAAACUUACUUCAGCAUCACAAAAUGCUCAAGGAUUUAAGCAUUGGAAAUUUAGCAGUUAAGAGUGGGGAAGAAGAAAAUGAUCCAAACAUGGAACUCAAUUUAUUGACCGUUGCAAGCACAGGCAAUGCUCGUCUUCUUGACGAGCUUCUCAAGGCAAAGUUGGAUCCUGACAUUGGAGACUCCAAAGGAAGAACUCCAUUACACAUAGCAGCGUCUGAAGGGCAUGAAGAAUGUGUAUUGGUGCUCCUCAAGCAUACUUGCAACGUACACUUAAAAGACAUAAAUGGGAACACAGCAUUAUGGGAUGCUAUAGCAUCGAAGCACCACACAAUAUUCAGGAUCCUCUACCACUUUGCUGCACUUUCUGAUCCAUACACUGCUGGUGAACUCUUAUGCACUGCUGCCAAAAGAAAUGAUUUGACAGUGAUGGAAGAACUCUUAAAAUAUGGAUUAAAUGUUGACUCAAAGAAUCACCACGGGUCAACGCCUAUACAAAUUGCCAUAGCUGAAAACAAUAAAGACAUGGUAAAUUUGCUUGUGAUGAAUGGAGCUGAAGUUGCCGUUAACAAUACCAACGCGAAUGAGUUUCCUUCAUCAACUCUUAGUGAAAUGUUGAGGAAGAGAGAGGUUGGACACCGGAUUACACUGCCUGAUAGUACUGCCCUAAGUGAAGUGCUUUCAAUGAGGAAUGGUGGAGAGCAAAGUUCCAAUGGGAGAAAACCCGUUGGAGUAAAUUGUGAUAGGGUGAGCAUAUAUAAGGGCCAUCCCGUGGUGAGAAGAAAGAGCAACUGCAGUGAAUCUGGGAGGCUAAUUAAGUUGCCAAACUCACUGGAGGAGCUCAAAAAAAUUGCAGGAGAAAAGUUCGGAUUAGAUGGAGGAAAAGCCACGGUAACAGAUGAAGAAGGAGCAGAAAUCGAUUCUAUUGAAGUGAUUAGAGAUAAUGAUAAGAUUUUUAUAUUUGAAGAUAGUCCAUAUCCAUUUAACUCCUCUAACAAUGUUGAUUAACAAAUUAACAAGCUCCUAAGAAUUUCUUGUAUAAAAGCUUUCCCUCAUAGAUUUCCAUUUGAACUGUGUAUAAAUCUGAAAUGAAAUUAAUUUUGCUCCUCUCUUUUCCACUA